AGUGCUGGGUGGAACAUGAGCAGAGGUGAGGUGUUAGGCUGGUGGGCUAAGCUACGACCACUGCCUGUGACGUUGAGGGGAGCUGCGCCCGGCCCCUUUACCUCAGUCAAGCAUAAAUAUCGAGUCGUCUCCACUAAGUGGCCCAUGCAUGCAGACGGCACCGCUUACAGUCAGCAAUGAAGGUCAGCCCAUUCCUCCUCCUGUGCAUCUUUCUGGCAUGUUCAGUCUGGGUAAUCCAGGGAAGAAACCUGCAGGUCAAUAUUGAUGACGAGGAGCUUGCAGAACCCAAUGCAAAGCAACAAGGGAUUCCAGGGAUUUGCUGGGGAUGCAAGUGGGCUUUAAACAAGGUGAAAAAAGUCCUUGGAAACAACAGUACUGUCCAGGCCAUUACUCAGCAGUUGAAAUCGGUCUGCGAUAAGAUUGGACUCCUGAAAUCAAAGUGCAAGAAAUUUGUGGACAACAACCUUGGAGUCCUGGUCGAGGAGCUGACGACCACCGACGACGUGAGAACCAUUUGCGUCAAUGCAGGAGCGUGCAAGCCAAAGGAGCAGCUGGACAUGAUCUUCCAUCCAAACAAAGAAGAAUCCAGACGCAUCACGAUCAUUGAAGUCCCCUGACAUCCUGUGCAGUCAUGAAAACCAGAAACAUAAAUGUAGCUUUUAAAUGCAAGACUAACAACCCCAGUGAUUGCAUUCAAGUGAACAUAAACCUUUCUUAGCUUCCUUUUGCUCAAGCAUGUCUUAAUGUUUUGUUUUAAUGUUCACAUUGCGAACACCUGAAAACCUGUUUCUCCCAUAAAUUAGCUCAAUAGAAUAAUUGCUUUGCUGCUUUGGUUUGACAUCGUUGUCACAAAUAUUACAGGAUUUA